GCGGAGACGAGUUCGACGCAGGAACCCAAAAGCCCCUCCUCGAACCGAGCUUGCUUUUGCGGCUCCUGCUCCUCCCCCUUUUCUCGAGCGAAAAAAUCUCUGAUCAAAGCGAUGCUGCGAUGUUGCUCGCGAGCGCGAGCGUGAAGAUCAUGGAGUCGCAGCUCCUGUGGGAGUUCAUCGCGUUCCUCAAGGCCCGGUGGUCCGCGCGCUCCCGCGUCGACCAGCGCCGCCGCCGCCUGCGCCAGCUCGUGUCCAUGGUCCGCGCCGUCGCCGACGCCGCCGAGGGGGCCGCCGCCGUCCGCGCCGGGUCCCUCUCCGCCUGGCUCCACGUGCUCCGCGCCGAGGCGCUGCGCGGGCAGCAGGUCCUCGAGGCCCCCGGCUGCGACGCCGCCGCCGUCGCGGGCUCCGCCAGGCACUUCCUCGCGGGCCUCAGGGCGCUGCUCGCCUGCAGCGCCGAGGUGGACCGCCUCACGGAAGCCGUCGAGGAGCUCGAGCGCCUCGCGGGGCCCGGCGGGGACCUCGACAUGUUCGUCAAGGUGCUCCGCCUCGACACCGCCCGCGCCGACGGGAUGGAGGUCGACGGCGACAUGUCCCACGGCGCUCGAGACCGCCUGGAGGAAGAAUGGAGCAGCAGCAGGGCCGGCUCGGUCGCCGCCGGGCUCCCGACCGCUGGCGCCAAGAGGAAGCGCGCCGCCGGCAGCUCCGGCGCCGACGGGGGCUCGGCGUCGCGCUGCCAGGUCGACACCGCGGCCCACCUGCCGAAACGCCGGGCGCUCGCGUGGAUGCGGCCUCACCAGUGGCUCCCUGCCGGCUUCGGCGGCCUCUUCGCGGCGCCCCGCGAGCCGCCGGCGCCGCUGCCGGUGUCUCGCUCGCACCGCGCCCGGGCGGUGGCGAAGGCGAUGUCGAGGGUCCGACGCCGCAUCGGCAAGCCAACGAGGCGCCGGCAGGAGCAGCAGCAGAGCCUCGGCCACCGCCUGUCGCGGAUUUCCCUUUGAUGGUGGCGAGGAGCUCUGGAUCUGCUCCUGCAUUUUGGUAGCAGAGUGAGGAAUCCCCCUUGCAAUCUGAGGGUUUCGGUGGGUGCAAAUUCCUAGCUAGUUCUUCCUCCUUGAGCUUAGAAUCCGUCAACCACCUAGAUUUCUUCGACGAUUAACUUGUUAUUUUGUCUGCUGGAAGCUGGAGUAGUGAUUUCAGCCUAGUAUGAAUCCUACAUUUUCUACUGUAGUGAGGAUUCCUCCAAUCCUCCUGCAAUUUGAGAGUUGCGGUGGAUGCAAAUUACUACAGUAGCUACUAGUUCCUCGUCCAACUUAGAAUCUGUGAGCCUCCCAGAUAUCUUCGUCCUCGACUUGUGAUUCUGUCAGCUGGAAGCUGCACCUGUGGUUUCAGUUCAGUACUGAUCCUAAUAUUGACCGACAUGGAGGUUAAUGUCGAGAUGCUCUUGCUGCGGUGCGUUGGGUAAUGGAGGAAAGUUAAAGUAGAGGAGCAUGCCGUUCGGGACUCCGCCUCGUCCGAGGCCUUGCGAGGAAACGGUGCGUCGUGGUGCGUGCCUGACAACCCGUCGUCGUCGUCGUCGUCGUGAGUGUGAACGCAGAGGCUGUGGCCGCCGACCGGUCAGCUGCCACGGCCCCCUUCCAGUCGUCCACCAUCUCUACAGGCGAUCGUUGCCUUUGCGAAAUCGUGAUGCAGUAAGCGAGCCGGGCCCAAGCGAAGAAGAAGGAGCCCGCUGUGCGUGCACGCCACUACAUCGACUACUGCUACUAGACCGGGCCAGAGACGGUACGCCAGCCCGGCCCAUUUGAAGCCGCCAGGCCUGACCCGGCGGGCUACAAGAGCUGGGCUUUGCGUGGCCAUGUCUUAUUUUUCUGGCAGGGUGAUUUGCUCAACCAACUUGCUCCAAUUCAUCAUU